GGCGGUGUUUAGUUCGACGUACUAAAAGCAUAUCUCGAGCGCUGGCGUCCAUCCUUUUGAGAGAAGCACGUGUGGCUGAAACAUAUUAGCUGCGCUGUUCUCUCAUUUAUCUGCUUUACCGCAAAAACAACGUGUAGUCAUGGUGAAGCUAGCCAAGGCAGCCAAAAAAGCAGCACCUCCCAAGAAAAAGGCCCCUCCACCUCCUAAAGAACUGGAAGAGGAGUCCAGCGAGGAGGACAGUGAUGAGGAAGAGGCACCACCAGCCAAAGCUGUAACAAAAAAGAAUGCAACCCCUGUAGCAACAGUAAAAAAUGGAAAAGCUGCUGCCAAACAGGAGAGUGAUGAUGAAUCUGAAGAGGCUCCUCCACCAAAGAAGGCCACACCUGCUAAACCUACAGCUGCAAAAGCUGCAAACACCCCUGCCAAGGCAACUCCCGCAAAGAAAGCAGCACCUGCCGAGGAAUCUGACGAUGACGAUGGUGAUGAUGACUCUGAGGAAGAGGUACCACCACCCAAGAAGGCUGCCAAAGCUGCAGCCACACCUGCAAAGAAAGCUGCAUCCGCUGAGGAGUCUGAUGGCGACGAUGAUGAUGAGUCUGAAGAGGAAGAGGCCCCACCUCCUAAAAAGGCUAAACCCGUGGCUAAAGCACCCACAGCUGAAGAGGAACUGGAUGAUGACGACGACGACGAUGAUGAUUCAGAAGAAGAGGAAAUGGACACGACACCUGCACCUAAAGCCUCUGCCAAAAAAGCGGGAAUGGUGAAGGCUAAGGAAGAAUCUGAGGAGGAAGAUGAUGAUGAGGAAGAAGAAGAACCCACAACUCCAGCAAAAAGGAAAGCCGAUGCAAAAAAAGAAAAGGGAACCCCUCCAGCCAAGAAAGCUAAAACGGAAGGAGAAGGCUUCAGUCUCUUCAUGGGCAACUUGAACCCUAAUAAAGACUUUGAUGAAAUCAAAUCAGCAGUCACAAAGUUCUUCUCAAAGGAGGACCUUGAAAUUCAGGAUGUGCGUCUUGGUGGAUCUAAGAAGUUUGGCUACGUUGACUUUGCAACAGAAGAAGAGUUGCAGAAGGCUUUAGCACUUAACGGUAAUAAGUUGAUGGGCCAACCGCUGAAACUCGACAGAGCCAGAAGCAAAGAGAACUCGCAGGAAAACAAGAAAGAGAGAGAUGCACGCACUUUGUUUGUAAAGAACCUUCCAUACUCCAUAACGCAAGAUGAAUUGAAGGAAGUCUUUGACCAGGCUAUCGAUAUCAGAAUUCCAAUGGGCAACAGUGGUUCAAGCAGAGGAAUUGCCUACCUCGAGUUCAAGACUGAGGCUAUUGCAGAGAAGGUGUUGGAAGAAACACAAGGGGCAGAAGUUCAGGGACGUGCAAUCAUGAUAGAUUUCACAGGAGAAAAAAGUCGUCAGGGCAGCAGAGCAUCAGCUGGUGGUUCAAGCAAAAUCCUUGUGGUAAACAAUCUAGCAUUCAGUGCAAGUGAGGAAUCUCUCCAGAGUGUGUUUGAGAAGGCUGUGGCUGUCAGAGUACCACAGAGCAAGGGCAGGACAAAGGGGUUUGCAUUUGUGGAGUUUGAGAGUGUGGAGGAUGCCAAGGAAGCACUGGAGUCAUGUAACAACACCGAGGUCGAAGGCAGAACUAUCCGACUGGAGUUCAGUCAGAGCAGAGAAGACCGAGGAAGAGGAAACUCGGGAGCUACAAAAACCCUGUUUGUCAAAGGUUUGUCAGAAGACACCACAGAUCAGAUGCUGAAAGACUCGUUUGAUGGCGCAGUUGCUGCCAGAAUUGCCACAGACAGAGAAACUGGAUCAUCGAAAGGAUUUGGUUUUGUAGACUUUGACAGUGAAGAAGACUGCAAGGCAGCCAAAGAAGCAAUGGAUGACGGCGAGAUCGAUGGAAACAAAGUGACUCUGGACUACGCCAAGCCCAAGGGCGAGGGAGGCCGAGGGGGUGGUAGGGGUGGUUUUGGCGGACGAGGAGGCGGACGAGGUGGUUUUGGUGGCAGAGGCGGUGGACGGGGUGGUUUCGGUGGCCGAGGGGGUGGACGAGGAGGUGGCUUCAGGGGAGGAAGAGGAGGUCGAGGAGGACGAGGUGGAUUUGGGGACAGGCCACAAGGAAAGAGAAUGAAAUUUAAUGAUUAAAUCGGUUGUUAUUGAAUGUACUGUUUUCAUUGCUUAAAUCUAUUUUGCCAGAGCGUUUCUAGGACAUUCCAGAAAGUUAGUAAUCUAUAACUGUACAGUGACCCCUGACCCUUUUGCUCCCUUACUGUUUUGAGACGUGUCCCCAUCUUCUGAAAAGGGGAGUGUCAAUUAAUUAAAUGUGAAUGUUGUAAUUAUGCUCUGCUGGUUUAGGUACAAGUUGUACAUGCGACAGUUUCUUUUGUUAGUGUUCUCUUUCCCCAUGAGUUUAUUUAAUUUCACCUUUUUUCUUUUCUUUUUUUUUUUUUUUUAAGUUUGCUUUAGGUGAAGUUUAAUGUGCAGUACCUUUUUAAAGUGCUAAGCAUAUUGUAACGAAUAUAUGAAAUUGACUCCUAUUUAGAAAUCUAUAUGAAAUAUUUGAAUGGAUUAAGGACUAAGACACCAGGAAAUUCUUCCAUCCUGAAGAUAAUGUCUUGUAUGUAAAGUAGAUUUGGCUUGUGUGACUUUACUGUUUCCAUUCAAAUUUUUCAUGAAAUGUAAAAAUAUUGUAACAUUUUGAUUAAACUGUUUUUAAGCUA